CGGAAGGAUACAUAGUUGGCUGCCUAUAAAUAGUUCUCCGGUGUGACGCGUCAGUCAGAAACAGCCGAAAGAAACAGGAAGUUCUCACGAGCAGCGACCGGUGGGAAACAUUUGUUUUGUCAAGAUGCAGAUCUUUGUGAAGACCCUGACCGGUAAGACUAUCACUCUAGAGGUCGAACCAAGCGACACCAUCGAGAAUGUCAAGGCAAAGAUCCAGGAUAAGGAAGGCAUCCCCCCCGACCAGCAGCGUCUGAUCUUCGCUGGCAAACAGCUGGAAGACGGACGCACGCUCUCCGACUACAACAUCCAGAAGGAGUCCACCCUCCACCUGGUGCUGCGUCUCAGAGGAGGCAUGCAGAUCUUUGUGAAGACCCUGACCGGUAAGACCAUCACCCUGGAGGUCGAACCAAGCGACACCAUCGAGAACGUGAAAGCAAAGAUCCAGGAUAAGGAAGGCAUCCCCCCCGACCAGCAGCGUCUGAUCUUCGCCGGCAAACAGCUGGAGGACGGACGCACCCUUUCUGACUACAACAUCCAGAAGGAGUCCACCCUCCACCUGGUGCUGCGCCUGAGGGGGGGCAUGCAGAUCUUUGUGAAGACCCUGACCGGUAAGACCAUCACCCUGGAGGUUGAGCCCAGCGACACCAUCGAGAACGUGAAGGCGAAGAUCCAGGAUAAGGAAGGAAUCCCCCCCGACCAGCAGCGUCUGAUCUUCGCUGGAAAGCAGCUGGAAGACGGACGCACGCUCUCCGACUACAACAUCCAGAAGGAGUCCACCCUCCACCUGGUGCUGCGCCUCCGCGGAGGAAACUAAUCUCCACCCUCCUCCGCCCUGUUCACAGCAGCUGUCGCACAUUCCUCUUUUUUCUUUUUAAAAGAAAAACAAUAAAGUUUGAGCAUUUCCUGACCUUUUUUUUUUUUUUUUUUUUUAAAAUCGGCUUUUUAUCGUUUCUUGCUUUUGCUGAUAUUUGAGUUCAUGGCUGAGAAUCCAAACGCAGUGUAAAGCCUGUGACGUGAUGUGGUUGAAGUUGAGACGUGUUCAUUCUGUUUUCAUGUUGUGAAGCAGUUGUUGGAAAUCUGCAGUUAAAGCAAAUAAAAUAAAAAAAAAAGCUUCUCACUGUCA